AUGGCGUCCAACGGGGGUCCCCUGUACAUUGGGUUCGACCUCUCGACUCAGCAGCUCAAGGGUCUCGUGGUCUCGUCGGAUCUGAAGGUCGAAUAUGAGGCCAAGUUCGAUUUCGAUGCCCACUCGCGUGGGUUCAACAUUAAGAAGGGGGUCAUGACGAAUGAGGCAGAACACGAAGUGUUCGCCCCCGUCGCUUUGUGGCUGCAAGCGCUGGAUGGGGUAUUGAGCACGCUCAAGGCCCAGGGGCUGGAUUUCCGCCGCGUCAAGGCUGUCAGUGGUGCGGGGCAACAGCACGGAAGCGUCUACUGGAGCCACGAUGCCGAACGGCUGCUUCAAAGCCUGAAUAAGGACAAGACGCUGGAAGAACAGCUUGAGGGAGCGUUCUCUCAUCCGUUCAGCCCCAAUUGGCAGGAUGCCAGUACGCAGAAGGAAUGUGACGAGUUCGAUGCGCUGCUGGGAGGUCCGGAAGCGCUCGCAGAGGCAACGGGGAGCAAGGCGCAUCAUAGAUUUACUGGCCCCCAAAUUCUUCGAUUCCAGCGGAAAUACCCGGAACAAUAUAAGAGGACAUCUCGAAUUUCCCUUGUCUCUUCCUUCUUGGCGUCGAUUCUGCUUGGACGGAUUGCUCCACUUGAUAUUUCCGAUGUUUGUGGAAUGAACCUGUGGAACAU